CAGACAACAAAGUUAAUAGAGGAUGUAAGCGGCUAUUCGCCACAUCUGACAAAUUGACUCAACGAAAACUGACGUAAAUAUAUUGUGUGAGGAUAAUUAUAGAAAGAUAAUGGAUUUGAGUGGGAAAUUGAUUAUCAAAGUCCAGCUGGGGGAUGAUAUAAGGAGGAUUCCUAUACACAAUGAAGACAUUACUUAUGAUGAGCUGGUCCUGAUGAUGCAGAGAGUGUUUCGUGGAAAACUGAACAAUGACGAUGACAUUCUAAUCAAAUACAAAGACGAAGAUCAAGAUCUGGUGACAAUCUUUGAUGAUUCUGAUCUGUCCUUUGCCAUCCAGUGUAGCAGAAUUCUUAAAAUCACUUUAUUUGUCAAUGGUUCAAUGAGUCACUCGGCCUCUGGAAACAGCCCACAGCUUACGACGGUUAGGAGGGAACUCAGACAGAUCCGAGAUCGAGUCACUCAGCUGCUGGACCAGUUAGAGGUGGGGGAAAACGUUAUCUCCAGCUCUGUCGACAGCAAAAGGGCACCUGCUAAUAAAGAUGAGCCAAUGGUGGUGUCAGAAAGUAGUCGCCGCACGGAGCAGGCCUCCUCCAGCCAGCCGAGGGACACGUCUCACAGCAAGGAGUUUGAUCCUUACUCCAGUCAGAAGUCGGUGGAAGAAACCAGUGCCAGCAAAGUCAUGUCUUCUUUUGGAAUGAGUGGCCCUGAAAGAUCAGGAACCCCAGACAGUAUAUCAAGUGUCGGCUCCUCAUCCAAUCACAAACCCAGCGUGCAGUCUUCUCCUGCCCCCGCCACCCCCGUCUCCCACCCCUCAGCUUUUGUGUCCCCACAGCCAGUUCAGGGUCAGCCCCAGCGACCCACCCCCCAGCAGCACCCCGGACAGCCAAACUUUGGUCAGCAGCCCAUGGGCUACCAAGGGCAGCAGCCGAGUUACCCUCAACAGAACCCAGGUUUCCCUGGAGGGCCCCAGCAACAAGCUCCCCAAUCACAGGCUGGUCCCCAGCAGAGACCCUUCCAGAGCCCCGCCACCUCACAGCCAGAGAGACAACCCAGCCCCAUGACCCAUGGAAUGACCCCUGGGCAGCCUGCUCAGGGCAUGGCACCUGGUCAGGCAGGGCAAGGCAUGCCUGGAAUGCCUCAAGGCCAACAGCAAGGCAUGCCUCAAGUUCCUCCUCAGUCAGCUCCACAAGGUGUUCCCCAAGGGCAUCCUGGGUAUCCCGCACAGCAGGGAGGUGGUAACUAUGGUUACGGGCAGUAUGGAGGUCAAGGCAUGCCUCAGCAAAGUCAAGGCCAGCCUCAACCUGGGCAAGGUCAGAUGCCUCCUGUGUCCUCCGCACCUUGGAAUCAACAGCAACAACAACCGGGGAUGUAUCAAGGGGGAUAUGCAGGCCAGCCCCAGCCAGGAGCCACCCCACCAAGCAGUGCAGGACCCACCCCAGGGAAUCAGUCCAACCCCUACGCCAGAGGGGGAGGGGGGCCGGCGGCAUUUGGAGGUUAUCCUAAACCUGCCCAAGCCUACCCCGGUUAUAAAUGAUUAGACUAAUGCAAGAUCUUAUGCAUUGGAUCCUGUACAUAUAUAAUUAUAUAAAUGUCUUUGCUUCAAUAUUUGUGACAUUUCUUCUUACUUCUUCUUAUUUAUUAAGUUUUACUCCUCUGAUCAUUUGUCUAAGAACUAUGGCUGACGGUUAUUAUUUUUUUUUUAAUUUGUGGAGAACUGGAAGCUGACGUUUUUUUUUUUUUUUUUAAUUUGUGCAAUACAGGCAAUAGACGUUAUUUUUUGUGGAUCGUUAGUUUCGAGAGAGUUGAAUGUAAAUGUGAACACAUUUUCAUGUUUGGAAAGUUGCGUUGUUAAUUUGUUGAUGAGUGAAGAAUUGGACAGAUAUUCACUUUGCCAACCCCCCCGUAAAUUAAUUUAGGUUAUUUUAUUCUUAUUCUUCACUUUCAAAACUAAUUAAUCUGCAAACAUGCAUAUCGUAAUAUGUAAUGACAGGCUUUACAUUUACCGAGUAAAUGUGUGAAUGAGAGAAAUGAAUAUUGUUGUGUGUUUUGUUUGAGAAUGUUUUUUUUUAGUUUUUAUGUGUCAAAAGAGAUCUGUUAAAAGUAUGAACCAUUUUACAUGUCAUGUAAUUAUGUAUUGGUAUAUAUACAUAUUAUGAGAAAUUUAUAUGUACAUGUACAUGUAUAUGAUAAGAGUAUGUAACUAUUUUAUAUAUGUAACUAUUAAAAUGUUACUUAAAAAACUGGUUGUGUGGUGUAAGUUUUAGAAUACUAGUGCUUGCCCAAGAUUUUAUAAAACCUGAGUUCAAAGCUGAGAAAUUAUUAGACUACACAUCUUAUUGUAAUCCAACCCACCAUUGUCGGUUUGUAAGAAUUCCGGCAGAUGACAAAUGAAAAAGUGGAGAUAUAUCACUUGUUACAAUCUAGAAAUUUAAAACAGGACAUUUUCUAGAAGAAAAUAAUGUGUAUAAUUAUUAAUUGAAAAUUUUUGUGUUGAAAAAUUGCCUUCAUGAUAAAGUUUGUGUUCAAAUCACAUGUUAAUUUGAAGACAAAAUGUUGAAUUGAAAAUGUGAUUUUAUUUAUCUAUUGUAAUUGUAAAGCAAAUGAAUUAAAUGAAAGAUUUGUACUUGUAUAUAUGCUUGUGUCAUCUUGAAAUAUGAUUGUACUAUCUUUAAAUCAUAGGCUUUUGAAAUUAAAAGAAGAAUAUUUA